UAACAGAGACACAAAAAUGACCUCUCUUCGCCUGGCAGUGGUGGUCCUUGUUCUCCUUUGUGCCAUAUCCCUUGGCGAUGGUUUUCGGAUGUCCAGUGGGCCUAAAAAGUGCUGUUUUGAAUUUUCUGUUCAACAACUGCCAAUAGGACGCAUUGUGGAGUACACUAAAACUAGCCCUAGAUGCUCAAACCAAGGAGUUCUGUUCAGAACCCAUGCAGGACGGCAGGUUUGUGCCAACCCUUCUGACAGCUGGGUGCAGAACUACAUGAAGUAUUUCGACAGAAAAAUAUGAAGAAACAAAACCUAUGAAAAAAUGGAAUGCCCACCUCCCUUAAACUGCAUACACCACAGUGCAAUUGAAUGCCAUUUGCUCUAAAGUGUCUUUGCUUUCAAAGAACAAACUGACAACAGACAUACUCGUAUUAACCUUUAAGUACCAAUUUCAAAUUUCUUUGAAAAAAUCAUAACACCAGCUGUAUUUAUGUAAUUUGAUACAUUCCAAAUCAAUAAUUCUUCACUAUAUAUAUAUAUUACGUUUAGGCUCAAGACAGUCACGUUAGACGUGUUCGUAAUCAGAGCAGUGAAAUUAAGUUCAUAGAAAAUGGAGCUUUAUCAUCACUGUGGGUAGGAAAACACCAAUUUAUCAUUUUUAGGCUUCUGUUUCUUAUUUUAUAAUGAUGCCUCAUAAAAGCCUGUGAAGGGCUAUAUUUGCAGAAUGGACAGUUACAUUUAGACUUGCACUUAACAAAGUGAGUUAUCAUAACACUAUAGUUAAAGAGAAAAUUUAAAUAACAGGCAGAUAUGUUCCCAAAAGUACAAAGUAGCCUGUCAACAAAUGAAGACAAUGGCCCUUAAUGGGUUAAUAUUGACCUCUGUGCAUAUGUGUAGGUCAGAUAUUUUCCUUGGGCAGCGAUUUGAUCAUAUAGCAGAAAUAUAUCAAUUUUGAAUUAUUUAACUUUAAUACAUUAUCUUUCCAAACCCAAUGAGGUCUAUUAUGAGAGAAUAUGUUUUCUACAACUGUAGGAUAAGAAUUACGUUUUUAUAUUUGAAUGUUUUGUUUAAGAUGUUAACACCAACUUAUUUAACCAGUGUGUUGUUCUUGAAUAAAGGCACCAUGCAAAAAGAACACUUUAUACUUCAAAAUGUACUUUAAGAGUUACUGUGAAGUCCAUCCAUACGUUAGAGAACUUCAACUUAAUGCUUUUUUUUGUUUGUUUUUUUUAAAUAAUAUAAUUGAUCAUUUAUUAUCUCGUGAACCUGAAUGAAAGUGAAAAAAAGACAAAGCUAAAUGUUGGAUGUCUAGUGCGCUUUAUGAAUUUUACAAGCAUUUAAACACAUUUCAUUUCAAGAAAUAAAUGUUGUCUACUGCUUUUGAAAUGUGUUAUUUCUACA